AUGCAGCGGGAAGAAAGUUCGUUCGAAAGCCAGUAUCCUGGGGUAACUGAAUUAUUGCAGAAUUAUGUUGCAGGCUGAUUAGUUUUACAACCCUACUUAAUUAUUCUUUUUGAAGCGAAAACGCAUUUCGGAAUUUCGGUUGACAUUUCAUGACUUGGCCCAACUAGUGAGACAGACCGAAGGUCUGAACUACGGGUACUGAGUCAGGUUUCUAUUUCAUCUCGUCUUUGCCGCCGCCUCCAGGCAAACAGUACGUCGAAUCAAGGGCAGCAGCAGCAGCAGCAGCAGCAGCAGCAGCAGCAGCAGCAGCAGCAGCAGCAGCAGCAGCAGCAGCAGCAGCAGCAGCAGCAGCAGCAGCAGCAGCAGCAGCAGCAGCAGCAGCAGCAGCAGCAGCAGCAGCAGCAGCAGCAGCAGCAGUGA